AUGCCCGUGGAUUCCUCGUCCACGACGGGGGAGCACCUGCAGGACCUGAAGGAGGUGACGCGCGAUCUGCUUUACCAGGGCUACCGGGCCGCUGUCUACAGAGCCUGGCCCGGCCCGGGGCUCGAGCCAGCCGCAACGGAGAAGUUGAUCCGCGAGAAGGACGAGGAGCUGCGCCGCAUGCGGGAGAUGUUGGAGAAGAUGCAGGCCCAGAUGCAGCAGGGCCAGGCUCAGGGCAGCCUCUCCCCACAACCGCAGGGCCGGGCCCGGGUCCGGCAUUUCCCGCAGGCUCCCGCGCGCGGGUCCAGGCAGCGGCCCCGGCCUCGGGCGGCCUCCACCUUCUCAUCGGCCUGUCUUCUCCUGGGACUGACGGCACAUCCAGGUGGCCGCGGUGCCCUCACGCACAGGUCCAGUCUCGGGGACCCUGGCCCGGCGCUGCGACCUCGGCGGACCGCCGAUCAGUGGACGCGUGAGGCCAUGGCGCUGCUUCCCGGACCCGCGGCGCCCCAGGACGGCGGAGGCACGAGCCGCGCGCGACACGUGAUCAUCAACGUGGGCGGCUGCCGUGUGCGCCUGGCCUGGGCGGCCCUGGCGCGCUGUCCGCUCGCGCGCCUCGCGCGCCUGCGUGCCUGCCGUGGCCACGACGAGCUGCUGCGCGUGUGCGACGACUACGACGCGAGCCGCGACGAGUUCUUCUUCGAUCGCAGCCCGUGCGCCUUCCGCGCCAUCGUGGCGCUGCUGCGCGCCGGCAAGCUGCGGCUGCUGCGCGGCCCGUGCGCGCUCGCCUUCCGCGACGAGCUGGCCUACUGGGGCAUCGACGAGGCGCGCCUGGAGCGCUGCUGCCUGCGCCGCCUGCGCCGCCGUGAGGAGGAGGCGGCCGAGGCCCGCGCGGAGCCCGCGGCGCACAGCGCGCAGGACAGCCCGGCGUGCGCCCUGGAGCCAGGGCGGCUGGAGCGCGGCCGGCAGCGCCUGCGCGACGUGGUGGACAACCCGCGCUCGGGCCCGGCGGGCACGCUCUUCGCCUGUGUCUCGGUGGCCUUCGUGGCCGUCACGGCCGUGGGCCUGUGCCUGAGCACCAUGCCGGACAUCCGCGCGGAGGAGGAGCGGGGCGAGUGCUCCCCCAAGUGCCGCAACCUCUUCGUGCUGGAGACCGUGUGCGUGGCCUGGUUCUCCUUCGAGUUCCUGCUGCGCUCCCUGCAGGCCGAGAGCAAGUGCGCCUUCCUGCGGACCCCGCUCAACGUGCUGGACCUGCUGGCCAUCCUGCCCUUCUACGUGUCGCUGCUCGUGGGGCUGGCGGCGGGCGCGGGCCCGGGCGGGAGCAAGCUGCAGGAGCGCGCGGGGCUGGCGCUGCGGCUGCUGCGCGCGCUGCGCGUGCUCUCCGUGGUGCGCCUGGCGCGCCACUCGCUGGGGCUGCGCUCGCUCGGCCUCACCGUGCGCCGCUGCGCGCGCGAGGGCGGCCUGCUGCUGCUGUUCCUCGGCGUGGCCACGGCGCUCUUCGCGCCGCUCGUGCACCUGGCCGAGCGCGAGCUGGGCGCGCGCCGCGACUUCCCCAGCGUGCCCGCCAGCUACUGGUGGGCCGUCACCUCCAUGACCACCGUGGGCUACGGCGACAUGGUGCCGCGCAGCCUGCCGGGCCAGCUCGUGGCGCUCAGCGGCAUCUUGAGUGGCAUCCUGCUCAUGGCCCUGCCGGCCACCGCCAUCUUCCACACCUUCUCGCGCUCCUACGCGGAGCUCAGGGCGCAGCAGCGGCGGGGGAGCAGCGUGCAGAGCCCCAACAGCGCCGGCCCGGCUGCGGGGCCCCCGUGA